AUGGACGAGCCGUCGUCCAAGAAGCCGAAGUUGUCUUCGUCUCCAGAUUUUGAUACCGACGAAGCACUGAAUGAGCUGGAAAGGUUGGGGCCACUGCCGUCUAGUGCGCAGUCUUCUGUAAACGGUGGUAGUAUGGAUCCUUUGUCACAGCAGCCUCCAAGUGUACAUGCUCUGACAAAUGGUGGUCCAUCAUCUGUUGGUCCCGGCGGACCAGGAAGUCAGCAGUCUGGUCACUCAUAUGGAGGACCGGCUUCACAGCAGUCAUCAAUGACAUCCGCACAAGCACAUAGUGUUGUUCCUCAGCAGCAAAGUAGUUCACAGCCUAGUGUCCUACAAGAGUUAUUACUUACUUCGUCAAACCCCAAUAAUCAAGCACUAAAUAGUCCUCGACCUCCUUAUUCAAGUCAAUAUCAGACGAGAAGCCCCAUGACAAGUGGUGCCAAUAUAGUUGGUCCUGGUUCUGCACCACCAAAUUCCGUGGUAGCUGGUGGGCAAAUGGGUCCACGUGGUAUGAGACAUGGAGCACCCCCACAGAUGUUUUCAUCACACGUAGAUAUGCAACCAAACAACGCUGGGCCCAUGGUGCAUCCUAAUCAGUCGUCUUACGUUCAGUCACAGAUGAUGGUAUCUCAUAGUGGUCAGCAGCAAAUGCCAAUGAGUUAUGUAUAUCAGCCGUCAGGUCCACCAAGGCCAAUGUAUGCUGGAAAUGUCAGAGGGACAGCUACACAGUCAGGUAUGGGGAGAGGUGGCGGCGCAAUGGUUAUGAAUGGAACAGCUCAGCAUCCGCGAAUGCGCGGUGCUCAUCCAGGUGUUAUGAUGCAACAAAGUAAUAAUGGACAGAUGAUGAGGAAUAUGAUUGUACAGCCGGCUAAUCAAUAUGAGCAGGCGCCGUAUGGAAUGACUACAGCUGGAAGUACUCCUAUGCAACGGGCUCCUACCGACCCAUAUGGGAUGCAGCCUUCACAGCCAAGUCAAGGAGCAAUGCAUUCUCCUAGUUACCCGCAGCUUCCUGGUAUGGUUUCGCGUGGUCAGCCCAUGUCAUAUGCAAAUUCUGCUAACCCAACGAUGCAGCAGCCUAACACGAUGAUGCCACAAAUGAUGGAACAUGGUAUGAUACCGUCACAGCAGCAAUCGGUCCAACCGGGAGCUUCAGGACACACGGCAGUUAUGCAGUCUAUGGGAUCAGUCCCUGCAAAUCAGGUAAAUAAACCGGGGAUGAUGCCCGGUGUGUCGUCGCAGAUACCUGUCUCGUCAGCGCCUACAGGGCAAAUUCAGCAACAGUUCCCCUCCACUUCUGCCGGACAGCGCGAUGGUGGUACUUUGAAUGCAUCUUUAACGAACAGCUCGCAGAGUGGACAGGAUCCUGAAAAACGAAAAUUAAUUCAGCAGCAGCUUGUACUUCUGAUUCAUGCUCAUAAGUGUCAGCAACGGGAACGGGACGGAGAUAUGGCAAAUGGUCGUGUUUGUACAUUGCCGCAUUGCUCUACAAUGAAGGAAGUCUUACAUCAUAUGACCUCUUGUACUAGCGGUCGGGCCUGCACGUUUCCACACUGUGCUUCAUCUCGACAAAUCAUUUCACACUGGAAGAAUUGUGUUCGUGAAGACUGUCCUGUGUGUAAGCCUCUGAAGUCUGUGCAGAAUACAUCUCCUGGAGGCGACCGAAGGGCGGCUGUUGUUGGUGAUGGUUUCAACACCACGAAUGGGCCUGCACCUCAGCCAAUGCAAUGUGGGCCAGGUAGUGUUGGCAAUAUGGAUGCAAAUUCGCAGUCCUCACGAAAUCCGAACAUGCCUGGUGGUCCAGGUUCAGUUGGCGGCUUCAGCUCACCUGGUGCAACAGCAAACAAUCUUUUAAUCGACUAUAACCCGACGGGUGAUCCGUUUCGUUCACCUAAUCCGCCGAACAAAGCUCUUCCAGCGACUGGUAAGGGAGCGGGUUUAAAUGUGAUUGGCGGUGACACUUUAGGUCCACUGCCGCAACCUGAUGCUCCUUCAGUGACCAAAGAAUGGCAUCGGGAUGUAACAACAGAUCUUCGCAUGCACUUAGUUCAUAAACUAGUCAAAGCUAUUUUUCCGUCACCAGAUCCCGCUGCCAUGCAUGAUCAGAGAAUAAAGGAUCUCAUUUCUUAUGCUAGAAAAGUCGAAAAAGAAAUGUUCGAGCAUGCCGAUGAUAGGGACGAAUAUUAUCAUUUGUUAGCGGAAAAAAUUUACAAGAUACAGAAGGAGUUGCAAGAGAAGAAACUCAGAAGGAUGCAUGAACAGAACAGCAGAGCAGGAGGUGGUGCUUCUACCUCUAAUGCACAGCCAGACGCGGUGGAUAAUAGUGAUAUGGCCACCAACAGGGCAAGUACGUUCCAAGCUGCUACUGCUACGUCCUCUGCCGCUCAAAUGAAUGCUCCGUUUUCUGCGACUCAUAGUUCAACAACUGGACAGAUGCCAAAUGCUGUUGUAAAGACGGAAGCAGUAGAGAGCGUUCCAAAUGGAGUCAUGUCUUCAAGGUCCUUUGAGGAAAGUGCCGGCUGUUCCUCAAAACCAGGAACGUCUGCGGCUGCGGACAGCGGGAAACCGCUGAGAACUGAUUCAAGCAGUUCGGCUACCAUUUCAGCAAAGAAUAUUAAAGUUGAGCCAAAAGAUGAAGCUGCAGAAGAGAAGAAAGACGUACCUGAGAAGAUAUUUGAUGCUAACGAGUUAAGGAAUCAUUUGAAACCUGUUUUGGAAAGAAUGAUUGAAUUGGAUGAAUCCAUACCAUUCAGGAUGCCUGUAGACCCCGUCAGUUUAGGGAUUCCGGACUAUUUCGAUAUUGUGAAAAAGCCAAUGGACCUCUCUACUAUAGGCAAAAAGCUUGACAGUGGUGCUUAUAAGAAUCCAAGACAGUUCUGUGAUGACAUGUGGUUGAUGUUUGAUAAUGCUUGGUUGUAUAACAAAAAAAGUUCGAAGGUUUACAAAUAUUGUACAAAGUUGAGCGAGACAUUUGUUGAUUUGAUCAAUCCUGUAAUGCGAAAUAUGGGGUAUUGUUGCGGUGAAAGGUUGGCGUUUACUCCCUUGGCACUAUUUUGUUACGGACAGUCUAUGUGCACCAUUGCUCGCGAUCAGGCUUAUUAUGUAUAUGAAGCAACUUCCACUCAGUAUGGUGUAACUGUGUCAGAUCGUUAUACGUACUGUGUAAAAUGCUAUGGUGCGCUCCCUGAAGCUGGCAUUAGUCUUAGUGAGAAUCCAAACGAUACAUCGAACAUGGUUCCGAAGUCGAAAUUUGUACUUAUGAAGAAUGACCAGAUUGACGAGGAGCCUUUUGAACAGUGCAAAGAAUGUCACAGAAGUUGGCACCGCAUUUGCGCUCUUUAUAACAGAAAGGUAGGAGAUAAGGUGUUCCCAGAAGGAUUCAUCUGUGAGCAUUGUCGUGAGGAGAAAGCUUUAGCAAAACCUGAAAAUCGAUUCACGGCGAAAAAGCUUCCGCACUGUAAACUUUCUCAGUUUAUUGAAGAUCGCGUCAACAAGUUUUUGAAAUCAAAUCCAGUCGGCAAAGAAUGCGAAGUGGUUAUUCGUGUUCUUUGCGCUACGGAUAAAGAAGUUGAAGUUAAACCGUUGAUGAAGCAAAAGUAUGGACCUGUUGGCUUUGCUGACAAGUUUCCGUACCGAACGAAAGCUAUCUUUGCAUUCGAAGUGAUAGACGGUACGGAAGUUUGUUUUUUUGGUCUUCAUGUACAAGAGUAUGGGAGUAAUUGUCCACCGCCAAAUCAAAGGCGCGUAUAUAUUGCAUAUCUUGACUCGGUGCAUUUCUUCCAACCAAGACAGCUGCGAACAGAUGUUUAUCAUGAAAUUUUACUCGGUUAUCUUCAUUACGCCAAUCAGUUAGGCUACACGAUGGCACAUAUUUGGGCUUGUCCGCCAUCUGAAGGCGAUGAUUACAUAUUUCACUGCCACCCACCUGAACAGAAAAUUCCUAAGCCUAAAAGAUUGCAAGAUUGGUAUAAAAAGAUGUUGGACAAGGGCGUUAACGAACACACUGUAUUUGAUUAUAAAGACAUUUAUAAACAGGCUAGGGACGACAACUUCAGUACACCUAUGUCACUUCCAUACUUUGAGGGGGACUUCUGGCCUAAUGUUAUAGAAGAUUGUAUUAGAGAAGUCCAGAAUGAAGAAAUGGAGCGUAAACGUCAAGAAGAAGCCGCUCAACAAAAUGCAGAUGAUGAUGAUGAGGACGAUGUAUUUCAUUCAGGUGACAACCCGAAGAGUAAGAAGAAUUGUAAGAAAAAGAAUAACCUCAAGAAAGGGAACAUGAAGAACAAAAAGAAGGUGGGAGCUGCCACAGGGAAUGAAGUUACAGAUAAACUGUAUAACAAUUUUGAGAAGCAUAAAGAAGUUUUCUUCACAAUUCAGUUGAUGUCGCCUCAGCAACAGUUGACAGCGCAAAACAAAGAAAUUAAUGACCCUGAUCCUCUGAUGCCAAGUGAACUAAUGGAUGGAAGGGAUACAUUUCUAACUCGUGCGAGAGAUGAACACUGGGAGUUCUCAUCUCUUCGUCGAGCGAAGUACUCAACAAUUUGCUUCUGUCAUGCUUUACACAACCAGGAGAAGGGUGAAGGAUUGUCAUACACGUGUAAUAACUGUCAGGGUUCUGCUGUUUGGCACUGUGCUACUUGCGACGAUUUCGAUCUUUGCAACAAGUGUCAUGAAACGCUUCCUCAUCAGCACAAACUGGAGAAGGUUUUGGUUGAGGUUGGUGGUGAAGAUAAGCAAGAUUCUGGAAGCUCAAGGAACGAAAGCAUUCAGCGUUGCAUCCAGUCACUGGUUCACGCUUGCCAAUGCCGAGAUGCGAACUGUCGUCGCGGCCCAUGUCACAAGAUGAAAAGAGUUGUGCAACACACGAAAGUUUGCAAAAAACGUCAAAAUGCAAACUGUCCUGUAUGCAAGCAACUUAUUGCUCUUUGUUGCUACCAUGCUAAACAUUGCAAUGGACAAGCUUGCCAGGUUCCAUUCUGCGUCAAUAUUCGGCAAAAAUUGCAAGAACAAAGGCGUUCUCAAAAUCGUCGCGCUGAUAUGAUGAUGAGAAGACGUAUGGAUAUGCUUUCAGCUGGUGGCAGUGGGGCUUCAGGUUCUUCACAAGGAAAUCACCCGAAUGGUCCAAAUGGGGGCAUGGUAAUACCACAGCCAACAACAAGUCAGCACGGCGGAAUGCAAAUGCCUGGAUAUCAGAGUCAAAAUCAACAGUACGGAACAGCUCAGCCGAUGCACAUGGGACAGUCAAUGGGGAUGAUGACUGGGAAACCGACACAUAUGGGUCAGAUGCAGCAAAUGCAUUCUCAACAACAGUAUCAGUCACACGGAAAGGGUGGCGGAAUUUCAACGCCUAUUCAUAUGAUGGGGCAACAGCAGCCAAUGGCUCAGAUGCAGCAGCAGAAUGUCCGAAUGAACAUGCAUCCUCAGACGUCAAUGCAACAGAGGUCGCAAAUGGGUGCACACAGCCAACAGACGAUGAAUCCUCCUCCGUACGUGCGAAAUGGUUCACAACAAGGUGGUUAUGCAAUGUCUAAUCCAGCUUCUUCAAAUCCUUACGGUGCACCAGGAGGUCACAUGAUGAUGAAUCAAAAUCCAAUGCAGCAAAAUCCUCAACCACAGCGAAUGAUACACUCGCAACUUCGAGCAAAAGUUUAUUCGGGGGCUCCAGAUAACAUGCGUCCUUCCGACUCGCAAAUGCAACAGAUAAUUCAAAGCUUAAAGAACGCACGUACGAUGGAGGAACGAGAAAAAAUAUUCAGUGAUUUGAAGAAAAUGCCGCAUUUGUUUGCUGCAUUCUUGAAGAUGAAGGGGAAUCCUUCAGAGCUGCAAGGUGGGCAAGGAACCCAACAACAAGUAACUCCUAUGCAACAACAAGGCAUGAUGAGACAGCAACAGCAGAUGGUUAACCAAGGAGGGCAGUGGCCACAGGGAGGAAUGAGUGCUCAGCAGCAGUUUUACCAGCAGCAGCCAGGAAACAGUGCACAAGGACAGCAGCAGCCUCGUGGACCGGGUGGUCAGUAUGCACCAAUGGUGUCGCAACCGCAGGUUGGAGGUGGUCCAGGAAAUCAGUCACAGCAGUGGCAUCAGUAUUCUAGAAACGCACAGUCAGUUAGUCCAGCUAUGCAACAGCAGUUUAAUCAGGUGCGUUCUCCUCCCUUAGGCAGACCGUCAUCGGUAGGCGGUGUUUCAGCUUCACAAAUGGUGCAGUCUGCUGGAACACCGCAAAUGCCACAAAAUGUUAAUCAGGACCAGCAGCCAUAUAGAUAG